CAGAGAAAGAGAACGAGGAAGAGGGCAAAAGGGGGGGAGAGCCACAGCUCUGGCCCUGACCUGAAGGCUAGCAGUAUGUGGGAACUCCGCUCCAUAGCCUUCUCCAGGGCUGUACUGGCCGAGUUCCUGGCCACGCUCCUCUUUGUCUUCUUUGGCCUUGGCUCAGCCCUCCAGUGGGCGAACACCCCACCCAAUGUGCUGCAGAUCGCUGUGGCCUUUGGCUUGGGCAUCGGCACCCUGGUGCAGGCUCUGGGCCAUAUCAGCGGUGCCCACAUCAACCCUGCUGUGACUGUGGCCUGCCUGGUGGGCUGCCACGUCUCCUUCCUCCGUGCUGCCUUCUAUGUGGCUGCCCAGUUGCUGGGAGCUGUGGCAGGGGCCGCCAUACUCCAUGAGAUUACACCGGUAGAGAUCCGCGGAGACCUGGCUAUCAAUGCUCUUAACAACAAUGCAACAGCUGGCCAGGCCGUGACGGUGGAGCUCUUCCUGACCCUGCAGCUGGUGCUCUGCAUCUUUGCCUCCACUGACGAACGCCGCAGUGACAACCUGGGCAGCCCUGCCCUCUCCAUUGGUUUCUCCGUGACCCUGGGCCACCUCCUAGGGAUCUACUUCACUGGCUGCUCCAUGAAUCCUGCCCGUUCCCUGGCUCCUGCAAUUGUCACUGGCAAGUUUGAUGACCACUGGGUCUUCUGGAUCGGACCCCUGGUGGGCGCCAUCAUUGGCUCCCUCCUCUACAACUACCUGCUGUUCCCCUCGGCCAAGAGCUUGCAGGAGCGUCUGGCUGUGCUCAAGGGCCUGGAGCCGGACACUGACUGGGAGGAGCGCGAGGUGCGGCGGCGGCAGUCGGUGGAGCUACACUCCCCGCAGAGCCUCCCGCGGGGCAGCAAGGCCUGAGCGCCGCC